UUAUAAAGUCUUAAAGGACAAUUUAAUCGAAUAUAAUAUUUAUCGAAAAAGGAAGGUAUUUUCCAAGCUGAGACUAAUUGAAAAGCCUUCAAACUUGGGGUUUCAUUUUCAAAAUGGUUUUCUGGGAAAAUAUUAUGUGUUAUAUUUUUCUUGUUACUGUCAGCUGAACAAAAUGAACUUUCAGCCUUCCAAGAAAAUAUCGACCUUAAGUGCAAUUCUUAAGCCAAUACUUGUUGAGAACUAAUUAGUGUCAAAGACCAUGAGACCCUGGAAUCCAGGAUAGAUAAGAGCUUCCAUCUUCUAGGAACACAGCAACUAUCCAUGUAAACAACUGUGGUACAGUGCAGUGGCUGACAAUAUGCUGUAGACAAGAGGGAUAUCAGUUCUGCCAGAGAAGGUCAGAAUGGAUCACAAGAGGACAUAGUAGUCUCAAAAGAUGAGUAGGAGUUUGACAGCUUUGAAACUGUGAUUGAUUCACUUAAAGGGUAGGGUCAAUGGGUAGUAUGCUAAACUGUAACUAAAUGAUCGUUGCCAUUACUUAUUAUAUGUUUACUUUCUAGGCACAAGUAUUUAUCUCAUUUAAUUUUCUCACUCUGCCAUGAAGUAGAAACUAUUAAUAUCCCCAGCUUAUAGAAGUUCUAACUGAGGCACACAGAUAAUUUAACCUGCCAAAGAACUCCUGAAAACAGGAGUUCUGAAUAUGAUUGGUAAAAACUGGAUAUUAAUUUCUACUACUACCCCUCAAAGUUUGGAAGAUGAAAUAGUUGGAAGACUUCUAAAAAUUUUGUUUGUUUUAUUUGUUGACUUAAAGACUAUUAUGUAUGUUGUUAUAACUUCUUAGAAAGUUGACUUCCUUCCCAUGUACAUUUCAAACUAUACUCCAGUGAAUAAA